AUGCAGCGGUAUGGGAGUGAUGAUGGCAGAAGUGGUGGUGGUGACGGUGGUGAGGGCAGCAGUCAAGACGACGAUAGGGGUGGUGAUUGUGAUGAAUAUUAUUCUCCAACAACACACAAGGCUUAUUGUUUUUUAUGUUAUUUGUAUAAGGAUAAACCAAAUGAGCAAAGUGGUCAUAGUGCAUUUAGUUGUGAAGGAUUUGACAAUUGGAAAAAGGUUAAUGAUUGGAAUAAUUGUCCUUUUUUGAAGCACAUUAAAUCUUCAACACACAAAAAGGCAUUUGUGUUUGCUACUAAUUUAGUGAAUAAAGAAGCACACGUUGAAAAUUUCAUAGAAAAAGAAAGUGAAGAGCAAAUAAGGAAAAACCGUUUAAGAUUGAAAGGUACAAUUGAUGUAGUUCAUUGGUUACAAUACCAAGCUUGUACUUUACGAGGACAUGAUGAAUCUUCCAAUUCAAAGAAUCAAGGUAACUUUCUUGAAUUGCUAAAACUAUUAGUUUCUUAUAAUGAUGAUCUUGUAAAUGUUAUUUUGGCAAAUGCUCCUAGAAAUUGCAAGUAUACAUCUUUCGAUAUCCAACAAGAAGUUCUUAGUAUUAUGGCAAAUAAAGUGAGAAAGUAUAUACGGGAAGAAGUGGGGGAUUCUUGGUUUUGUGUCAUGGUUGAUGAGUCACGGGAUGAAUCCAAAAAAGAGCAAAUGGCCAUAGUCUUAAGAUUUGUUGAUGCGAAAGGGGUGAUACGGGAAAGGUUCUUGGAUACAGUUCAUGUAGAAAAUACUGUUGAGGCGACUUUAAAGGCUAGUUUGUGGAAUAGACUUUUGAAUCAAAACUUUGAUACUGGAAAAAUUUGUGGUCAAGGUUAUGAUGGUGCUAGCAAUAUGAGUGGGGAAUGGAACGGAUUACAGGCACUCGUUCGGCAACAUAGUCCUUAUGCAUAUUACAUUCAUUGCUUUGCUCACAGUAAUUGUCACAAUGAGUUACAAAAGGCGAAGGCAAUUGAGAUUAAAGAAUUACUGGAGUUGGGUGAAAUCAAAUCGGGAAAAGGAAAAAACUAG